AUGCAGCCCGUGAUGGCAGCCUACUACCCCAGCAACGUCACUACUGAUCAUAUUCAACAGAAUGGUGUUAUUGAAAUGUUGAUUUGCAAUGACAAGUAUCUGGAUGAAAACAAGUCAUUGAUUUUGAAGAUAGUUGAGAGCCAGAAUUCAGGGAAACUCAGUGAGUGUGCAGAGAACCAAGCAAGACUACAACGAAACCUCAUGUACUUGGCUGCAAUUGCUGAUUCUCAGCCCCAACCCCCUACCAUGCAUGCCCAGUUCCCUUCCAGCGGCAUUAUGCAGCCAGGAGCACAUUACAUGCAGCAUCAACAAGCUCAACAGAUGACACCGCAAGCCCUUAUGGCUGCACGCUCUUCCAUGCUGCAGUAUGCUCAACAGCCGUUCUCAGCAUUGCAACAACAACAAGCCUUACACAGCCAGCUUGGCAUGAGCUCUGGUGGAAGCACAGGACUUCAUAUGCUUCAAAAUGAGGCCAGCACUGCAGGAGGCAGUGGAGCACUUGGUGCUGGAGGAUUUCCCGAUUUUGGCAUUGAUGCUUCUGGUAGAGGAAUUGCAAGUGGGAGCAAGCAAGACAUUCGAAGUGCAGGGUCUAGUGAAGGGCGAGGGGGAAGCUCUGGUGGCCAGGGUGGGGAUGGAGGUGAAACCCUUUACUUGAAAUCUGCUGAUGAUGGGAAUUGA